AUGGUCACCAUCGUCGCGCUCCACGCCCGCCAGAUCUUUGACUCGCGCGGCAACCCCACGAUCGAAGUCGACGUGACCACUGAACUCGGCCUCUACCGCGCGGCCGUCCCCAGCGGCGCCUCGACCGGCGAGUUCGAAGCGCUCGAGCUGCGCGAUGGCGGCGCGGCGUACAUGGGCAAAGGCGUACGCACUGCUGUGCGCAACGUGAACGACGUGAUCGCCCCGGCGCUGCUCGGCAAGGACGUGACGCAGCAGACGGCGCUCGACCGGUUCAUGGUCGAGACGCUCGACGGCACGCAGAACGAGUGGGGCUGGUGCAAGAAGAAGCUCGGAGCCAACGCGAUCCUCGGCGUGUCGCUCGCGCUCUGUCGCGCCGGCGCGGCCGCCAAGCAGCAGCCGCUGUGGCAGUACAUUGCCGACCUCGCGGGCAACCCGAGCCCGUGCCUGCCCGUGCCGUCGUUCAACAUUAUCAACGGCGGCUCGCACGCUGGCAACAAGUUGGCCAUGCAGGAGUUUAUGGUGUUGCCCAUUGGGGCCACGAGCUUUACCGAAGCCAUGCAGAUAGGCUCGGAGGUGUACCACCACUUGAAGAAGGUGAUCAACAGCCGCUACGGCCUCGAUGCUACGGCCGUGGGCGACGAAGGCGGCUUUGCGCCCAACAUCCAGUCGAACGCCGAAGCCAUUGACCUGAUUCAAGAGGCCAUCCAAGCCGCGGGCUACACGGACAAGGUCCGGCUGGGCAUGGACGUGGCGGCCUCGGAGUUUUACACGGGAGCGACUGACGCGCGGUACAAUUUGGACUUUAAGAACGACCAGGCAGCUGACGCCGACAAGCUCUCGGCCGACAAGCUACUGGAGGUCUACGAGGGCUUUAUUGCCACGUGUGCGGCCUCGAGCAGCAUCGUGUCGAUCGAGGACCCGUUUGACCAGGACGACUGGGCCUCGUGGGUCAAGAUCACGAGCAAAGUAGGCAAAGACGUGCAGAUUGUGGGCGACGAUUUGACCGUCACGAACCCCACGCGUGUGAAGAAGGCGAUCGAACAGAAGGCGUGCAAUGCGCUUCUGCUCAAGGUGAACCAGAUUGGCAGCAUCACCGAGUCGAUUGAGGCCGUGACGAUGGCGAAGAAGGCCGGAUGGGGCAUCAUGGCCAGCCACCGCAGCGGCGAGACUGAAGACACGUUCAUUGCAGACCUGGCAGUGGGUCUGAGCGCGGGCCAGAUCAAGACGGGCGCUCCGUGCCGCUCGGAGCGUCUGGCCAAGUACAACCAGCUCUUGCGUAUCGAAGAGGAGCUGGGGGCCAAUGCUCGCUACGCUGGCGCGGACUUUCGUGACGUGGCGAAGCUCGGCAAGUACUCGACGUUCUAG